CAAGGGCACUCGAGAAAAGCGGCUGGCUGAGCAGCUGCUCGCGAGUCGGUCGGGCAAGAGCGGGCAGCAGGAAGGCAGGCAGGUGCUCCGGAAAACAAGAGCUGCUUUGCUCCUGUCUGCUGCGAGUGUCUCGUAAACAGCAUCCCAUUGCCGGGGACCCCGCAGAGCUCUUGUUAAAUAUCUACUGUGGAUUUCUGCCACUGAAUCCUAACAGGAAAAAAAAACAAAACAAAACCAACCCGUCAGUCUGAGGAGAUUCAGUUGUAAUGUAUUCAGUGACUGUUCCAGUACCACUAGGUGAAGAAAAUAAUGGACAAUAUAAGAAAGCUACUUUUUUCCUUUUUCUUUUUGGGGCCUUAUUGCUCUGUGGUGGAUUCUUGCUUUCAGUUUUCACCCUACAGUCGUGCCCUUUUGAAACCUUCAGUGACUGUAGUGGGGUCCUGAAGGCUUCUGGGCCUGUGCUGGGUGUAAUUGGAUUGCUUUGCAUUUUAAUUGCAAGAUCAAGGGCCAGGUUUCAUACCGGCGAAAGACAAUUGCAAAAUGAGCAAAUAUGUCACCUUUUUUUAUGUCGAAAGAACUGCCAGUUUGUCCAGUUUCUCAUCUUUGGAUUCCUGUUUUUGACAAGUGGAAUGCUGAUUAGCAUCCUGGGUAUUUGGGUCCCUGGCUGCAGCCCUGGUGGGCCCAAUAUACACCUCAACCAGACUAGCAGUUCUGAUGAGGACCUCCAGGGCUGUGGAUUCCUGUCAUUUCAAAUCCUGGGGCCUCUCAUUGUGCUUACUGGGUUGUGUUUCUUCGUGAUAGCUCACGUUAAAAAGAAGCAAAACUUAAAUCUCAACGAAGAACCUUUGGGAAAUGAAGAGCGUACUCAGAGCCCUGAAUCUUUUCAGGUUACUCUAGGUGAUGCUGUGUUGAUGUUCCCACCUCCACCACCACCAUAUUUUGCUGACCCUCUGUCUCCAGCUGUGACACAUUGUCUUAUGUCAAGUGCUUCAUCUGCACCUCCACCGUACCAUUCCGUGUUCAGUGAUGGAGCACAGUUUGCGGAUGAUCAAAGAACAGUUGCUGUUAGAGACGAAGAAACCAUAUACACAAUUUCUGGGUGCAGUUCACCAUUGGUUAUCUCUCCAGUGCAGUUUUUCUUCUCUGAACCACCUCCAGGCUAUGAAGAAAAAGCAUCAGUGGAAAGUAAUGAAUACUCCCUUUCUUCUUCUCUUUCAUCUUCUUCUGUAGUGACUACUGACACCAGCUCAUAGAGGGCUGUCAGGUAGACCAAAUUUUCAGAUGAAAUUGUACACUCAGAUUUAUGAUCUUUAAAUUUAUUUACAUUUUCUAAUAAAAUCAGUAACACUGCAUUUGUCUGUUUUUUCAUUAACAAGCAUAAGUGAGGAGUUUGUGUUUUAAGAAAUAAGAGAUAAUGCUGGACUUUUGAGUUAGUGGUAAGAAGGGAUUCAGUUCACUACAAGAAUGCUGAAUGUUCAUCUUCUUGUGUUUUAUGCUUCAGUUUCUGUAUUUAGUUCUUUAUAUAAUGAAGGCAGAAAGUUGUGACUAUUUUUUUUUUUUUUUUUGCUUAUUUUAGUUAAACCUGCUUGGAGUUUCAAAGAAGAAAUCAUUAGAAAGUGUUUCUUUUUUUUUCUGUUUUUGUAUUACUUUGUGGUAAAUGCUUGUCUGCUGUUACUGAUUUCAUGUGUUCUCGAGAGCAUCAAUGAUAGCAGUCUUAAAAUAUGGACCAUCAUAAGAUGGGGAGCUAAUAUGCUGUGGAGACCUUAAGUGGUUACAUCUUGGUCU